AUGGCGCGCGAGCUCGUGGCCGUGGCGGUGCGCUUCGUGCGGGAGUACGUGCGCGCGUCGGACCUGGCCGUGGCGGCAGCGGCGCUGUUCGCCUGCAGCGCGGUCCGGAGCCGCCUCUCCGCCAAGCCCGGCGCGCCGAUGCUGUGGCCGGUGUUCGGCAUCAUCCCCGCGCUCUUUGCGCACCUGGACGACAUCUACGACUGGGGCGCGGCGGCGCUGGCCCGGGCGGGCGGCACGUUCCCGUACCGCGGGAUGUGGGGCGGCGGCUCCUCAGGCGUCAUCACCUCCGUGCCCGCCAACGUCGAGCACGUCCUCAAGACCAACUUCGCCAACUACCCCAAGGGGCCCUACUACCGGGAGCGGUUCGCGGAGCUGCUCGGCGGCGGCAUCUUCAACGCCGACGGGGACGCGUGGCGCGCGCAGCGCCGGGCGGCCUCCGCGGAGAUGCACUCGGCGCGGUUCAUCGAGUUCUCGGCGGGCACCAUCGCCCACCUGGUGCGCGGCAAGCUGGUCCCGCUGAUGGAGGCGCUGAGCGAGAGCGGGGCCGCCGUGGACCUGCAGGACGUGCUGCUCCGGUUCACCUUCGACAACAUCUGCGCCGCCGCGUUCGGGGUCGACGCCGGGUGCCUCGCCGAGGGCCUCCCCGACGUGCCGUUCGCGCGCGCGUUCGAGCGCGCCACGGAGCUCUCGCUGGCGCGCUUCGUCACCCCGCCCUUCUUGUGGAAGGCCAAGCGCCUCCUCGGGGUCGGCAGCGAGCGCGCGCUCGUGGAGGCCACCCGCGCGGUGCGGGAGUUCGCCGACCGGACCGUCGCCGAGCGCCGUGCCGAGCUCCGCAAGACGGGGACCCUGGCCGGCCGCUGCGACCUGCUCUCGCGGCUCAUGUCGUCGCCGCCACCCCCCGACUGCCCCGAGGGCUACUCCGACGAGUUCCUGCGCGACUUCUGCAUCAGCUUCGUCCUCGCGGGCCGCGACACCAGCUCCGUGGCGCUGGCCUGGUUCUUCUGGCUCCUCGCGUCCCACCCGGACGUGGAGUCCCGCGUCCUCGCCGACGUUGUCCGCGCCGGCGGCGACGCCCUCGACGCCGGAGGCAGCAGCAUGGACUACCUCCACGCGGCCCUGACGGAGUCCAUGCGCCUGUACCCGCCCGUGCCGGCCGACUUCAAGGAGGCCCUGGAGGACGACGUGCUCCCCGACGGCACGGCGGUGCGCGCGCGGCAGCGGGUGAUCUACUACACGUACGCCAUGGGGCGGGACAAGGCCUCGUGGGGCCCCGACUGCCUGGAGUUCCGGCCGGAGAGGUGGCUGGACGCGCGCGGCGCCUUCGCCGGCGGCGCCGAGAGCCCCUACAAGUACGCGGUGUUCAACGCGGGGCCCAGGCUGUGCGUCGGGAAGCGGUUCGCCUACGCGCAGAUGAAGGCGGCGGCGGCCGCCGUGCUGGCGCGGUUCCGGGUGGAGGUGCUGCCGGGGCAGGCGGAGGCCGUCAAGCCCAAGCUCAACACCACGCUCUACAUGAAGCGCGGCCUCAUGGUGCGCUUCGCCGCCAGGGAGCAGCGGCACGAGCCCGUGCCGGCCGCAGGUGGGUGCGCCAUUAAACGCGAGCUGCCUAAAGCCGCCAUUGAGCGGGACGGUUCGUGCAUCCAAAAUUAG